CCCCAGCCCCGCCACGUCUCUCUCGGGCGCCGCUCCCGCUCCUGCUCCCGGUGCGGCUCCCGGUGCCGCCCCGCCCCGCCGGGCCAUGGCGUUCACGCUCUACUCGCUGCUGCAGGCCUCGCUCCUCAUCGUCAAUGCCGUGGCCGUGCUGCAUGAGGAGCGCUUCCUCCGCCACGUUGGCUGGGGAAGCGAUCAAGGGAUUGGAGGAUUUGGAGAGGAACCAGGAAUUAAAGCACAGCUGACAAACCUCAUUCGAUCAAUACGAACUGUUAUGAGAGUGCCAUUAAUAGCCCUGAACUCGAUCACAAUCGUUCUCCUCCUGUUGUUCGGCUGAAGACUCCCGGUAGAAAUCCUUUGGACAUCCAAAGAAACCAGUUGCUGACCACCACUGCUCCGAUUUCCCUGGGAUCCAGCACGGUUUAGCUGUCAAUCUGACAUUCAACUUAAAAUAAUAAAAGACACUGUUUCUAUUUAUCCCAUUUCCAAAUGUUCCCUUGCAGUUUCAUUAGGCAGGAUCACGGGAUCAAUGCAACAACGCUGCAAACACAUUGGACUGUGACCAGUUCUGUUGCUGCCUGUUCAUAGUGUUGAUUAAUCAUUAGAGUAAAUGUCAUAGGAUGUUGCAGUGACUGGCAAUGGGAUGCAGCUUUUAAAUGCCUCGUUACUCAGGGAUGAAUUUCCUUCAGUACGCUCUCCAAUUUGUUUUUAAAUUGAGGACAAAAACAAUAUGUUUGUUACCAUUUCAUUUACUACCGUGGAACUGUUUAAGGCGACAUGAAUUAGGCUCUGAAAACGUGUUCUAAAGAACACCUGUUAUAAAGGAUUGAAGUCCAGCUGUGAUACGGAGGGAGAUAAAACCAGCUGGGUAAAGUCCUGAUUCAGGUUAACAUUGAAAGCUGAAUUUUCCUGCUUUGACUGGGGAUUUUUGUCUUCAAAUCAGUAUUUCAUGCUGAUGGUAAAGUCAGUUGAAAAUGGGUUCAACUGCAGUGCAAAAUUAAAAAAAAAUUAAAAAUUAAGAAAAAAAAGCUGUACCUAAAGCUGAGUAACUCUGUGUUAACUUUGGGGAUAUUAGUAAUUAGCAUUUGUUACUCUUCUGUCAAGGAUUGUUAUUAUACUUUUUAAAAUAUGUAUUAAACUUCUGCGUGGUGAUUACUGUGGUCGAAGUGGGGAACCAUUUGUAUUCUGAGCUUCCUGGGGAGGGGGGGGGGGGGAAUGCCAGGGGAGGUGAAUACCCUGCGCUUUUCAGAUGCAUUUCUUUGUGAAAACCCGCGAAUUUGCAGCCUCUUCUGUUACUGCUUCUUCCCCCCAGCUCUAUCAUCAUUUUUUAAAUUAAGUGCUUUGAAAGUGCAACUGUGUGUGUGACUUUGCCUCUAAUUGCUCUCCUACCCGUCUUGUCUCAAUUAAGACUGCUCAGUUAGGUCUGAAUUGGAAAAGGUGAUUCUCAUGUAUCUUUCUAGAGAAGUUGGAAUUCUUUGUCGGUUCCUCUGGUAAAAUGUUUAAUUUUAAAGAGGGGAAGCCUGGCAGUUUCGUUAUUUUAAAGCAGCUUAGUCGAUCAUUUCUUCUCCUGAGGUCUUGAUGACUAAAGCAUACGCUGUUGUAUAUGAAGAAGAAUCUGUAAAACAUGUACAUGCAUUUAAUGAUCUUCAAUCACAGUUUUUUGCAGAGUAAAGUAAAUCCAGGAGGAGAGUUUCAUGUUUCCUUUUUUCUUAGUGAUUUUUGUAAAUAAAUCCUGAAUUUCCAAAUUGAGCACUCUCUUUCCUAACUCACUCUCGCUCUGUGUACAAUGGGGAUAUCUCAAAACUCUGCUUCAUCUUGUUCCAGAUACCAGUUACUACUCUAAUAUGAAAUGUGUAAAUUUUUCCUCAUCCCUGUGGCACUUGGCAAUAUCAUCUCUCUGCUGUGGAGCUGUAUUUUGGUUUAUGUGGCAAAUCCAGUGAGACGUGGGAGAAGGCAGAACAGGAUCUGUAAAUCUUAAAAUGUGUGGAUCUGUUAGAAGUAAUUUCUUUAUGAUCUUUGUGUCAGAGGUGAUGAGGAUACAGCCUGGCACAGAUCUGUCUUUUGUGGAAGUGGGGCAAUGUCUGUGUGGAACAUUUUGUAUUCCUAUUAAUUUUUUUUGGGAAGAAAAGCGACAAUUGAUGUUUCUGUGGCUGUGGCACUGGGAGCGACUUGGGUUUGAGGCACGGCGUGUCUGUAACUCCAUUUCCACAUCUGUUGACUGUCAAAACUUAAUUCCUUCUUACUGAAAUAAAAGCCAGUACUAAAGAUUGCAAGCAGCAGCUUUAAAAUAA